AUGCUCGUGUUUUCAGUAUAUCCACAUAUGCAAAUGUACCUGCUUCAGUCUGUCAUUUACUCACUUCCGCAAAUGCAAGUACCUUUGCAAGCAGGUCUAUUCCCCGCACCUUUACCAAAUAUACUACCGCUCCAGCAGCAUCUUCCGCAGGAGCAAUUACUGCUUCCUCCAGGACCUCUUUUGCAACCACAAGUUCCAUUAGUCCAGAAAACCCUAUACGUGACCACCUACUCUUCCGAAGUCCUCGAACGCCAACCAGGCGCCGAAGCACAACUAUUACAACACAUAUCACAUGUACCAGCUCUUCUGACGAUAUACUGUCAGACAUGGCGUGCACCACCACGAAAAAUGUGUGAGAUGUACUCUGGAGUGAGCCAGCAAAUACAGCAGUUUAUAAUGGGGAGUCGAACAGCCGUACGAGAAAUUAACAAAGCACUGGCUUCUAUUGUCAACCAUUUCAACGCUGGUCAUCAGGUUGCCUCGAUACAGACUACGUGUCAUGCGGGUACGCAUCGAAGUGUCGGUACAGCGGAAAUUGUUGCCAAACAGAUGAGACGAUCGGGUGUGAACGUUGUGAUCAAGCAUUUGCAUCGGAGAAAGGGACCUGGUGAUCCUUGGUAG